AUGGAUGAUUUAUCAGAUGAACUUUUGGCAUUAGCAGGCCACAAAGAUAUUGAAAAUACAUCACAAAAAAAUGAACUUCCUCGUAAAAAAAAAAUAAUGUCUCACAAACGACUUCAAAGUGGAAAAUACACUGAAAAUUAUAGAGAAUCUUUGGGAAGCAAUGAUGAUUCAAGUGAAGAAUUGUAUUCAAGUGAAUGUAGCACAGAAAGCGAGAAUAUAGUAUCUAGAGAUGAAGACGAUAAUGACAUAGAAAAGUAUUCCAUUCCUUAUGUACUAGAAGGCAAAUUCAAGGAUGAAGAAGACCGUAAAAGGAUAAUGAGUAUGAAUGAAGUGGAAAGAGAAUCUAUCCUUUACGAACGAGAAGAAGAAACACAAAAAUUACAAGAAAAAAAAGAAUUAGCAGAAAGACUGAAGCAAAAAAAACUCGAUAUAAAAAAACAAUUAAAAACACGACGAUCAACACAAGGAACAAAAAACAGUGAAGCUAUUUCAAAAAAAGAUAAAUUAACUGAACUCAAAAGAAAAAGAGAAGAAAAGUAUAACCGAACAGAUCCAGAACAAGAUAGUAAAAUAUUCAGAAAAAGAAACAAACAAAAAUUUAACAAAAAAAAUGAACAUGAUUCAGAAAAUAAAGAAGAUAAAGAUGAAACUACUAUACUUGAUUUAAACGAUGUAAAUAAUACUAGACUUGGGAGAAAACAUUUUGCAAAAUUUCUAUUUCAUCCUUUAUUUGAGGAAACUAUAAUAGGUUGCUUUGCCAGGAUAAAAAUAGGCGAAAAUUCUCAAGGUAAAAGCGUAUAUCGAGUUUGUCAAAUCAAAGGUUUACAAACUAGUCCAAAAGUUUAUUCUUUUGAAGGAAUACUUUCCAAUCAAAAAAUAGAAUGUAUACAUGGUGCAAAUAUAAAAGCAUUUGAAAUAACAUUCGUAUCAAAUUCUGCUAUUACUCAAAAAGAAUUUGAUAGAUGGACACAACAACUUAAGCAAGACAAAAUUGCUGCACCCAAAAAAUCACUAAUUGAAAAAAAAAUAACUGAAUUAAGUCUAAUGACACAACACAAGCUAACAGAUUUAGAAAUAUCAGAUAUGAUAGCGCGACGAAAAGCAUUACAAAAAAUUCCUGGAAAUAUAGCAAUAGAAAAAACACAGCUAAAGAAAAUCAGAGACAUUGCAAUUGCCCAUGGAGACGAAAAAGAAGCAAAAAGACUUACAGAAAAACUAAAUACUCUUGAGGAAUUAUCAGCAGGAAAAAGACAUGUUUUAAUCCAUUUAGAUAAACUUGCUAAAUUAAAUGAAAAAAAUAGAAAAGCUAAUUUAGAUACAAUUAGACAAGCAGAAAUCCAAGCCAACGAGGAACGUAGGAAACAAAGUAUCUUUCCAAUAAUAGCAAAUCCAUUCUCACGUCUUAAAACUAAUCCAAGAAUAUUUUAUGACAAUAUGUUAUCAGAAGUGCAAAAACCUUUCUUGCCUCAAAUCAGAAAUGCAAAUGAAAAUACACAAACAGCUGAAACUCAUACAAAAACAAACCCAAUAGAUGCAGAAGAAACUAAAAAUAACAGAAUACAUGUAUUCGAAAAUUCGGCAACUAAAACUGCAAAAUCCCUUAAUAAUAUAGAUGAAAUCAUUGCUCAAAGUGACUUUAAUUUAGAUUUUGAUAUCUAG